GGGAGAAUGAAUGAGUAGGAGCAAGUGGCAGCUGGAUUUGCAACACCUUCGGAAGCAGCUGCGGGAGAACCGAAAUUGAGAGUAGGCGGGCGGGGAGCCUCCGCCUCACCUCUUGCAGGCAGCUAGGCCCUCCUUCCCUGUGUGACCAGCACCCAGGUUUUCAUAAGGCCAACGCUGGGGAAGAAGACACAGUCCUUCUGAACAUGGAGCUCAAGGAGAGAGUGAGUGCGUGUGCCACCUUUCCCGGCGAGCUGGGGAGAGCAGCCAUAACCAACAGACCACAGCAUUCAGGCAUCCUGUGAGUGGGCAGUUUUCGCCAGAAAAUAGCGAAUUUAUUCUUCAAGAAGAGCCACAUCCACAUAUGUCAAAGCAAGAGAGAAACCAAAGGCCGUCCAGCAUGGUCAGUGAGACGUCCACAGCUGGAACCACGUCCACCGUGGAGGCCAAGCCUGGUCCCAAGAUCAUGAAGUCCAGCAAUAAAGUCCACAGCUUUGGGAAGAGGGACCAGGCCAUUCGGAGGAACCCCAAUGUUCCAGUGGUGGUGAGGGGAUGGCUGCACAAGCAGGACAGUUCUGGAAUGAGACUAUGGAAAAGGAGGUGGUUUGUGCUUGCUGAUUAUUGCUUGUUUUACUAUAAAGACAGCCGAGAAGAAGCGGUCCUUGGGAGCAUCCCUCUGCCCAGCUAUGUGAUCUCGCCUGUAGCCCCUGAGGACCGCAUAAGUCGCAAGUAUUCCUUUAAGGCUGUGCACACGGGCAUGCGAGCACUCAUCUACAACAGCUCCGCGGGGGGCUCUCAGGCUGAGCAGUCGGGCAUGAGGACCUACUACUUCAGUGCGGACACCCAGGAGGACAUGAAUGCGUGGGUCCGGGCCAUGAACCAGGCCGCACAGGUGCUGUCUCGAUCAUCGCUGAAGAGGGACGUGGAGAAGGUAGAGCGGCAGGCGGUCCCCCAAGCCAACCACACAGAGUCCUGUCGAGAGUGUGGCCGCGUGGGACCUGGACAUGCGAGGGAUUGUCCUCAUCGAAGUCAUGAGGAUUCCUUUGGCUUUGAGAGGCGGGAGCAAGAGGAAGAACGGUACCGUUCCCAGAGGGACCCACUGGAGGGCAAGCGGGACAGGAGCAAGGCCAGGUCCCCGUACUCGCCGGCUGAGGAGGAUGCCUUGUUCGUGGACUUACCUGGUGGUCUGAGAGGCCAGCAAGCACAGCCCCAGCGGGCAGAGAAGAACGGGGUGCUGCCCGGCAUGUAUGGCCCAGGAGAGCAGAAUGGGACCGGCGGGUAUCAACGGGCCUUUCCUCCCAGGAACAACACUGAAAAGCACAGCCAGAGGAAGAGCAGCCUGGCCCAGGUGGAGCACUGGGCAAAAGCCCAGAAGGGGGACGGCAGGAGCCUGCCCCUGGACCAGACCCUUCCUCGCCAGGGUCCCAGCCAGUCACUGUCCUUCCCAGAAAAUUACCAGACUCUGCCUAAGAGCUCCCGAUAUCCCUCAGGGGGCUCCUCGCCCCCUCCCCGCGACCUGCCCAGUGACUAUAAGUAUGCGCAGGACCGAGCCAGUCACCUGAAGAUGUCGAGCGAGGAGCGCCGGGCGCACCGGGACGGCACGGUGUGGCAGCUCUACGAGUGGCAGCAACGGCAGCAGUUCCGGCAUGGCAGCCCCACGGCGCCCAUCUGCGCCGGCUCCCCAGACUUCACCGACCAGGGCCGGAGCAGAAGCAUGCUGGAGGUGCCUCGCUCCAUCUCUGUGCCUCCAUCUCCCUCCGACAUCCCUCCUCCGGGCCCUCCGAGGGUUUUCCCACCCCGGCGGCCACACACGCCAGCGGAGAGGGUCACCGUGAAGCCCCCGGACCAGCGGAGGAGCGUGGACAUCUCCCUGGGGGGCUCUCCCAGGAAGGCACGGGGCCACGCCACCAAGAACUCUUCUCAUGUGGACCGCCGCUCCAUGCCCUCCAUGGGCUACGUGACCCACACGGUCAGCGCUCCCAGUCUCCAUGGAAAAUCGGCUGAUGAUACCUACCUCCAGCUGAAGAAGGACCUGGAGUACUUGGACCUAAAGAUGACGGGCCGGGACCUGGUCAAGGAUCGGAGUCUGAAGCCGGUGAAGAUCGCAGAGAGUGACAUUGACGUCAAACUGAGCAUCUUCUGUGAACAAGACAGGAUCCUCCAGGACUUGGAAGACAAGAUCCGAGCCCUCAAGGAGAACAAAGACCAGCUGGAGUCUGUGCUGGAGGUUUUGCACAGACAGAUGGAGCAGUACCGAGACCAGCCUCAGCACCUGGAGAAGAUUGCUCACCAGCAGAGGUUGCUGCAGGAGGACCUUGUCCACAUCCGGGCAGAGAUCUCCAGAGAGUCCACUGAGAUGGACAAUGCCUGGAACGAGUACCUGAAGUUAGAGAGUGAUGUGCAGCAGCUGAAGCAGACCCUGCAGGAACAACACAGAAGGGCCUUUUUUUUCCAGGAGAAAUCGCAGAUACAGAAGGAUCUCUGGAGGAUUGAAGAUGUCAUCGCAGGCCUGAGUGCAAAUAAAGAGAACUUUAGAAUCCUGGUGGAAUCGGUCAAAAAUCCAGAGAGAAAAACGGUGCCUUUGUUUCCUCACCCGCCUGUGCCUUCACUCUCGACUUCUGAGAGCAAGCCGCCCCCACAGCUCAGCCCUCCUACCAGCCCCGUGCGGACCCCUCUGGAGGUCCGACUCUUCCCCCAGCUGCAAACCUAUGUGCCAUACCGACCUCAUCCACCCCAGCUGAGGAAAGUGACGUCCCCUCUUCAGUCACCAACCAAGGCAAAGCCCAAAGUUGAAGACGAGGCACCUCCCAGACCCCCACUCCCUGAGCUCUACAGUCCAGAGGACCAGCCCCCGGCAGUGCCACCUCUGCCAAAGGAGGCCACUAUCAUUCGGCACACGUCAGUGCGGGGUCUGAAACGGCAGUCGGAUGAGAGAAAGCGAGACCGGGAGCAGGGGCAGUGUGUGAAUGGGGACUCAAGGGUGGAGCUCCGGUCAUACGUUAGUGAGCCUGAGCUGGCGACUUUCAGUGGGGACAUGGCCCAGCCCUCCCUGGGACUAGUGGGCCCUGACAGCAGGUACCAGACACUGCCGGGCAGAGGGCUCUCAGGGUCCACGUCAAGGCUCCAGCAGUCAUCCACCAUUGCUCCCUACGUCACGCUCCGGAGGGGUCUAAAUGCCGAAAGCAGCAAGGUGACCUUCCCUAGACCCAAGAGUGCCUUGGAGCGCCUGUACUCAGGGGAUCACCAGCGGGGCCAGAUGAGCGCGGAGGAGCAGCUGGAGCGCAUGAAGCGGCACCAGAAGGCCCUGGUCCGGGAGCGCAAGAGGACGCUGAGCCAAGGAGAGAGGACGGGUCUGCCCUCGUCCCGCUACCUCAGCCAGCCUCUCCCUGGAGACCGCGGCUCAUGGAAGCGCGAGCAGGACUUUGACCUGCAGUUGCUGGAACGGGCCAUGCAAGGGGAGAGAAAGGACAAGGAGGAAAAUGGCUGGUUGAAAGUGCAGGCCAUGCCUGUCACUGAGUUGGACCUGGAACCUCAAGAUUAUGACUUGGACAUCAGCAGAGAGCUGGCCAAACCAGAGAAGGUCUCCAUCCCUGAGCGUUACGUGGAGCUGGACCCUGAGGAGCCACCCAGCCUUGAGGAGCUGCAGGCGCGGUAUCGCAAAGCUGAGAAGAUCCGCAACAUCCUUGCUCGUUCCAGCAUGUGCAACCUGCAGCCGCCAUCGGGCCAGGACCGGAACAGCGUGGCUGACCUGGACUUGCAGCUGCAGGAGCAGGAACGCAUCAUCAACAUCUCCUACGCGCUGGCCUCCGAGGCCUCCCAGCGCAGCAAGCAGGUGGCAGCGCAGCAGCUGGCCCUCUUCCCGCCUAACGCCCCCCUGUCCUCCAGGACGGUGCCACCCUACCCCCCCUUAAGCAACGGACUCCACUACACCUUUGUCUAACACCUUCCAACCCAGGCAGUGACUGACCCAUGACCCAGCGUGCAAAGGAGAAGUCUGGAGCUGGGGGCCCCGUGGAACCAGUUUCGUCCAAGAAGAUUGAUCUUCCUUCCCCCAAGGAAACCCCCUUCCAGCUCAGCAGGGGCUCCGGCUGGAAGAAGGAGUGGUCCACCAACUGUGGGGAGUUCAGCAUAGGGCUAGGUCUUAACAACCCUCCCCCCAACUUGUUUUAGUUCAGACUCCUUUUUACAUAUGACAAAGGCACUUUUGAUACACACUGUAAAAUACUGACACUGUAUUUUAGACUCAGAAUAUAUUUUAUAAUGUUCACCUCAAGGGCUGAGUGGCUGGAAAGGGGAGAAUGCAGGAUUUUGGAGCUGCACCUACAGAUUCAGGUACCGUGUGCGUGGUCGGUGUGGGCUGGGGAGAAGGGCAGGGCAGGCAGGGGCCAGUCCAACAUCCAUGAACUCAGGUAAAGGUUGGAUUUGACAUGUGCUUCCAGGGGGGGCCGGCACUGGGCUUGUUGGCAUACUAUCUGGGGAAGAGGGCUCCUUAGCUGCAGAGGUUAGCUGUCCCUGACCUGGCCAGAUGACUGACUCUGGAGGGGGAAACUCCAACAGGCUGCCAUGUGGAGCCCAAGUCUGUGCCUUGGCCCUUGGGUUUGGUUUAGGGGCAGUAGUAUAUUCAAGAGGUUUGGCUCCCAACCUGUUCAUGAGGCUCUCUCAGCAAAGGGCUCUCUUAGGAAAACCAGAACAGUUUGCUUUAAUUAAAAAAAAAAAACAAAAACAUAUAUAUAUAUAUAUAUAUAUACACAC